CAUUGAUCAAGAGUCCUUGAAGAUAAGUAAGCGAGCAGUGAAGAGAGAGAGAGAGCACGCCAGGUUAUUUUACUUAUCCUGGCCCCCCCUCCAAUGAAACCCAACUGUGUUUCCAAGAGCACCAUCCACCAACACAGAAAAUGGUUGGGAAGUCCCUGAUUGCUGGUGUGGUGGUCCUGGCAGCUGCAGUGAGCCUGUUUUUGGGAGUGAUUAUGGGACUGGGGAAGAGGAACCAACCUGCACAGACUGGCCAUUUCUACUACAAGGCAGCUGUGGCUGCAGACGCCGGGAAGUGCUCUGAAGUGGGAAGAGAUAUCUUGAAGAAAAAUGGUUCGGCUGUGGAUGCCUCUAUUGCUGCCUUGUUGUGUGUAGGACUGUUAAAUGCUCACAGUAUGGGGAUUGGAGGAGGACUCUUCUUUGUCAUCUACAAUGCUACAACUGGUAAAGUAGAAACCAUUGAUGCCAGAGAAACUGCUCCCAUGAAUGCCACUGAAGACAUGUUCGGAAACAACACAAAGCUUUCACGGACAGGCGGGCUGUCUAUAGCCAUUCCUGGUGAGAUCCGUGGUUAUGAAAUGGCCCACAGGAGACAUGGCAGGCUGCCCUGGAAGGAGCUGUUUGAGCCCAGCAUUGCUUUGGCUAGGGAUGGAUUUCCUAUUGGGAAAGCCUUGGCCCAUGCCCUAUUCAGAAGCAAAGAGUCUAUUCAAGGGGAUGACAACAUGUGCAAAGUAUUUUGUGAUUCUGAGAGGAACAUCCUGAAAGAAAAUGAUAUUGUCCGGUUUCCAAAGCUGGCAGAGACAUACCAAAGAAUAGCAGAGGAGGGUCCAGAUGUGUUUUACAAUGGGUCUAUGGCACAGAGCAUCGUGGAGGACAUACAGGCGGCAGGUGGAAUUAUUACCCUGGAUGACUUGUCAGAGUACCAGCCUGUCCUAAGUGAGAAUCCUCUUCAUCUGAAUGUGGGGGAGUACACUAUGUAUGUCCCAGAUGCCCCCUCCAGUGGGCCCGUCCUUGGGCUGAUCCUCAACAUAGUGGAUGGGUAUAACUUAACAGACAGAAGUGUCUCUACAGUCGAACAAAAGAUCCUAACAUACCACCGAAUAGUGGAAGCUUUUCGUUUUGCUUAUGCAAAGAGGAGCAGGCUCGGGGACCCCCGUUAUCUCAACAUUACAGAUCUCAUCCAAAACAUGACCUCAGACUACUUUGCAGAUGGUAUUAGGAGUAAAAUAUCAGAUGACACAACACACCCAGUCAAUUAUUAUGAGCCAGACUACUUUGUCCCGGACAACCACGGAACAGCCCAUCUGUCCCUCAUAGCAGAGGAUGGGAGCGCUGUGGCCGCUACCAGCACUAUUAACUUAUACUUUGGAUCCAAAGUAAUGUCUCGAUCAACAGGAAUAAUUUUUAAUGAUGAAAUGGAUGACUUCAGCUCCCCUUAUAUAACAAAUGGCUUUGGAAUUCCCCCAUCACCCAACAACUUCAUCCAACCAGGCAAAAGACCACUGUCCUCCAUGUGUCCUACAAUUAUCUUUGACAAAGACAACAGAGUGAAAAUGGUUGUAGGAGCUUCAGGGGGCACAAAAAUCACCACAGCCACAGCCUUAGUUAUCCUAAAUUCGUUAUUCUUCAAUUACGACCUAAAAAAAGCAGUGACAGAGCCAAGAAUUCACAAUCAGCUCAACCCAAAUAUAACAGUGGUAGAGGAGGGCUUUGAGGAGAGUGUCCUGGAGGGCCUGGCCCAGAAAAACCAUGUGAUCGAGAUGCUGGAGAUCCCAGACUCAGUGGUGCAGGCCGUGGAGCGACAGGGAGACCGUCUGUGCGCAGAGUCCGACCCCAGGAAAGGAGGCCAUCCUGCAGGCUACUGAUGCCGGACUGAGCCUCUCACUGCCAAUGACACAAUACAACCAGAAUAACACUCA